CUCUCACUCAUAUACAGUUCACAUGUACACUGGAAUAUGUCUCUCCCACUUGUUGCAGAGAGCAACAUGAUCUUCCACUUCCCAUAUUCGCAUUCGCUCAAUCUCUGAAUCUCUCUUCUCUCCCACCUAUGGACUCCAGAACCCAUCUAGAUUAUGCGCUCUUUCAGCUAACUCCAACCAGAACCAGAUGUGAUCUGGUUAUCUUUUCUGGAGCCAUUACGGAGAAACUGGCUUCUGGGCUGCUGGAGCCCUUCAUUUCUCACCUGAAAUUUGCCAAGGAUCAGAUUUCCAAAGGUGGGUAUUCCAUUAAGCUUCUCCCACCGGCCACUGAUGCAUCCUGGUUCACUAAAGCUACAUUUGAGAGAUUUGUCCGAUUUGUUAGCACACCAGAAGUUCUUGAAAGGUUUGUCAGUAUAGAGAAGGAGAUCUCACACAUUGAAAGUUCAGUUCAAUCUAAUGAAUUGGCAAACACCCAUGGAGCAGAGCAAACUGAGGAAGGAAGUCAGUCAGCAGCAAAUGGUAAUACAAGGAAACCUGAUGAUUCCUCUAAGUUGAAAGCUGAUGUUGAAGGAACAGAUGAUGUACAAGAAGAAAAUUCCAAGAUUCGCCUUCAACGACUUAUGGAGACUCGGAAAGCCUUACUCCGUAGAGAGCAAGCAAUGGCUUAUGCACGCGCAUUUGUUGCUGGAUUUCAAAUAGACAACAUAGACGAUCUUAUAUCCUUUGCUGAUGCUUUUGGAGCUUCACGUUUAAGGGAGGCAUGCAUUAAUUUCAAGGAAUUAUGCAAGAAAAAGCACGCAGAUGGUCUUUGGAUGGAUGAAUUAGCAGCAGUGAAGGCAUGCUCCCCAUCAGAACUGUCCUACAUGGGAGCACCUGCAGUUAUACUCACAAGCGAAAAUGGUGCCUCUGGUCAGAAUAUCACAUUAAAUUUCCCAACUCCUUCUGCUAGCAUGACAAAUGGCUCUUUGGAUGCAUCAAAAUCUGACACAACCACAAGCCAUGCGAGUUCUGAUGGCAAUAGAGAUAAUAACUCACCUGCUUCAGAUCAGACACCGUCAACUACUGCAAAAGUUCAGGUGCCAAUGCCAUGGACAAACCAGAUUCCUCAGUAUAUGUACAAUUUUCAAGGCCCUAUCCAACAAAUGCCUCCAUAUCAAGGGUAUCCUUUUCCUGGUAUGCAGCCUAUUCCUCCUUACUAUCCAGCAAAUAUGCAAUGGCCUCCAAACGUGGAUGAAUCUGGUCGUCCUCUUGUUCGGGAACCCGAUCAUCGCCAGAAUCAGAAAUCUUCUUCAGGAAAAAAAGAGAGAGCUUCUAAUGGAAAGGGACGUGGAACCCCAGAUGAAGACAGAGCAGAGUCCACUGAUUCUGACUCCAAAAGUGAUUCAGAUGCAGAUAUACAGCAGGACAGCAAGCAUUCUUCAACAGACAGCUCAUACAAAAAAAAACAUAGGAGAAAGUCCUCGAGGACUGUUGUUAUCCGCAAUAUCAACUAUAUCACUUCUAAAAGGAGGGAUGGAGAAAAGGACGGAGUUUCUGGAGAAUCUCCUUCGGAUGAGGAUGAGGUCAUUGAUGGAGAUGCCCUCAAACAAAAGGUAGAUGAGGCAGUUGGAUCAUUGGAGAAACUCCACAAACCAAACUCACGCCAUCAUAAGAAAAGGGGAGGAGAUAAGAACCAUCUCACUGGUGACAAAGAUCUGGCUGCAGAUGCAUCAGAGGUAGAGAAAAGGAAUGACAACUGGGAUGCUUUCCAGAACCUUCUGACUAUUGAUGAUGAGUCAACUACUAAUGGGUUCAGAAAGCAGCAUUCUGCAGAUGUCCAGGAUGAACAAUUUAUGAUCAAGACCUCUGAAGAUACUGUUCCAUUUGCAGUUAAACAUGCUGUGGAAUUGGAAUCCGAGAAAUUCACAGUGCAACAGAGAGUUGCAUCAGAUUCCUUUGUUGUGACAGAGAAGGAUGGAGGAAAUGAAGUUAGUAAUAAUUUGAAAGAUUUUCAAAAUGAUGAGAAUUUCCAUCCAAGCAUGAAGAGAAGGGAUUGUGAAAAUGAGGAGUUCUUAUUCCCACAGAGAUUGAAAGAAUCAGGAACUGAUGUCCCAAGCAGCCUUGCUGAUUGCACCAGUGAGUCAUCCACAAUCAAGAAAGGAAGCAGUGAAGAUUGGUUUGUUGCCAAACACUCUGGGGAAUCAAAAAACCACAAUGCAACCUCCGAGCGCAGAAUCUUUGAUGGAGAUUACUCUUCAUCGGUAGUAGAUGUUUGCUCCUACUCUGAGAAAAGUAGAAAAGAUGCACUUAUCGAUGAUUCUUUCAUGGUACAGGCUCGAUCAUCAGCUGAUGAUCAGUAUUAUUCUCAGUGGAGAACAGACUUGAGCAUGGACUCAGAUCUUAUUGUUGCUGCCCAGACUGAGAAUAUUAAUCCAGAUACAUCACCGGAUAAGCUUGGAGUAUCUGGUGCCUAUGAACCCGAUGACCUUUGCAUGGUGCUCGAACGAGAUUCUGAAUUGGAGUCUGGUGGGGUAUCUUACACUCCUGAAAUUGAUUACGGAAUUGACAUUUCCUUCUCAGAGACUGAUAAAAAGUGCCCAGCCAUUGAAAUAAAUAAUCAUGAGGAUGAGAAGUCUCCUUUGAGCAGCAACAAUAAGAACACUGCAGAUCUUGGUGCAAAGAAUCCAGGUAAAGAAGCAAGAUCUAAAGUUCGUGGACCCCUUGGGAAGAGCAAACCUGAGUUAAUUUAUAAGAGCAAGAAACCAUCAACUAUAAGUAGGCCCAUAGUCCAAAAAAGCAAACUGGAGAAGGAAGAAGAGAAUCGGAAGAAAACGGAAGAAUUGUUGAUUCAACGACAAAAGAGAAUUGCUGAAAGAACUGCUGCUUCUGGUUCUACUCAUGUGGCCUCCAAGAAAGUCCCAACAGAUUGUAAAACAGCAAAUGCUUCCCCGAAGCAAAAUAAGCAUCCAAGUCAAUCCACAACCAGAGAGACAAAUAGAUUAAAUUCACAUAAACCCAGCAUUACAAGUUCUGCCAUGGAUCAGACUGUAUCUGGACAGAUCAAACACAAGGAAGGCUCUGCUCUUCUAAAAUCAGCCCAACUUAAAAAUCCAAGUCAGAAGAUGAAUGGUGUUGUGGCUUAGAUGCUCUGUCAACAACACUUGACAAAGCAUGAAGGAUAAGUCUGUAAAUUUGAAGAGGAUGGUGCAACAAUUGGUGAGACCUAUUUUCAGCAGACAUUUUAGAGAGAAAUCCUCCAACAAUGGAAUGAGUAUGGAACAAGUUCACUCAGAGAAAGGAAUGGAACUACCUGUAAGUACCCUCAUCCAGUUACAUAAGUGUUCAAGAAACCUCUUCUAUCUGAUAGGAAGAGCCUCAACACUCCCUGUUAAUCAAAUGCGCCCUUUCAAUUCUGGUUGGUGAGAAACUUACAUCCUACACAGAGAAUAAUCCAAAAUCUGGAGCCAAAGCCAGCUUCCACCUAAUCAAUGGAUGCAUUUCAUGCGCUUUCAUGGACCGGUGAUUCUCAGGUAUUGCAUUAGGUAAUAAGGCCUUAAAUUAUUGUUGCCAUUUGUGCUAUAUGUGUGAUUUUGAUGAUAAAGAGUACUUUUGUGAUAUAUGUAAUUUUCGGUCUCAAAUUGUCUUAAGGGGGAAGUGGGCAUUCCAGUGGCAUUUCAUGAGGAUGGCCAGAGAUGCCACUGGGUGCUGUGUGGAUCUCUAUCUUCCCUUCGGAAGUAAUAGUGUUCUGGUUUGUAAACGUAUGUUGUAUCGGAAAACAUUAUAGACAUUCUUUGUAAUGGUGAGCUAUUCUUUCAUUCUA